AUGUCGCUGCAGGAACUGGCAAAGAUGCUCAAGACGAUCGAUGACCUGGACACGAAAUUGCCUGCCAUAAUAAAUGAUUCCGACUUGGAUGCAAGAGAGAGCGCAUACUGCAGGAAAAUAGAAUCGGUGACCAGUAAAAUAUUGGACAUUCAGAAGAAUUUUGAAAAUACACAAGCUGAUCUCAGCGGGUCAAAGGCUCUGAUCGCCAGAAUAACACGUGCAGAGCGCAACUUCAUGGACCUGAUCUCGAACUACCACCAGAUAAAGAAAUUGUCCACCACUUUCUUCAACAUGAAGAAAACACGGCGAUACGCCGAUAAGAUUGCGGUCAGGGACAUAGAGGGUGACAUAAUCAAGUGGGAUGAGUUUAGAUGGAAAUUGAUGUACUACUCGGCUGACUUAUCAGAGGAGAAAUACCUUAUGAUUCAGCCGCUGAUAAACGACGUUGAGAAACGAUACCUUGAGUGGGAGAUUCAGGUCCUUAAGGUCGGUGAAAAUUUCUUUACACUUGAUGACUAUGGCGAGGAGUACUUCAACAGGGAAAAUGUGCUGGAUAUGGUGGUAUACGAGGAAAAAAAGGACUUGGAGGCACUUAGGGCGAAGAGAGGGCGAGAUGGUGGCAACACAACGGUGGAAAAGGAGUAUUUUGCGCUGGGAAGCACAAAGUUUCUGGUUGAUACGGAUGCUAUAGAAGGCAACGAAAUGAUCAAGAGCUCCUUGGAGUACGACAGGGCGUUCUACAACACUAACAAGUCGCUGUGUGCAAGGCCUGUGCGUAAGCUGAAGUUGCGGUUCCUGAAGAACGUGUACAAGGCGAUCACACAGAGAGAAAUUUACGAUGCUAUCGGCGAUCUUAAACUGCUGUUUAAGACCGAGGCAUUCGAUACAAAGAAUGAAAAUAGCAUAUUCGUGUUCUACCACACGUUUAUCAAGUCAAAGAUAAAUUUGGGCACAUUGGAGGCCGGAGACAUCCUAAACCUGCUCUCAUUCAAGAAAAGUUAUAACACACUGCUGCAAGCACAUGCCAUGACAAUGAAGGAUGAUAUUUUUGAUGAGGAGCGAUUUAUUGAUCGUUAUCUGUCAGUGUUGCAGAACAAGAUUGUGCUGUGGAUCAGCAGCAUAACAAGUUUGGAGGUGGAUAUGCUGAAGACGAGGAGCAAGGCGCCUCCGCUGGACGAAUCGAACCUCUUCAUAAGCACUAAUUUCAUUAACCUGCUGAAAAUUAUCAAGGAACAGCUUGAGCCUGUGACGUUUGACGAGAGAAUCUUCAAAGGUGUGUCCAAGUUUGUCCUUGACGGUGUGACCGACUUUAAGAAUGCGAUCAUUUUGACCCUGGAAAACGAGUAUAAGAGUGCUAUAUCGCUGUCCUCAACGCCUGGUUACGAAGAGUAUGCCAUCAUGAUUGGCAACAGCGGUCUCAAGCUUACACAAUAUAUUGCGAACAUUCCACAGUGCCAGAACGUGGAGAUAAGUGAGCUGGGCGAAAUUUUCAUUUCCAUUGUGAAGUCGAGCAACCAGUUCCUGAUCAAAUUCGUGCUAGCAACGCUGAAACCGGCAAUCAAGGAGCUGUUUACCGAACAGUACUACACAGAAAAGGAUUUGAAACAGAUUACGGCCACUCUGAAAGACUUUCUGGAGGACUACAGGGAAUGUAUGAACGAGUACGUCUUUGUUACGUUCGUGAACGACCUGGCAGCAGAGUUUAGCAUGGCGUAUUUCAAUCAGCUCAUAAAGAAAAAGAGCCUGAUAUACCAAAGCUUGUGCGAUAACAUUGAGAAUGACGAGGAUGUAAUGAAUAGGCUGUUUGGUGCGUAUUUGAACGAAGAUGUUGUGAAUUUGACCGUGCUCAAUCCUCUGCUGGUCACACGAUCGGUCGAUACUUUUAUUGCUGAAACGAAGAACGUGCUGUACACGUACGAAUUUAAGAAGGACUUUAUCAAGUCGCUGAUCAAGAAGCGGUCUGACCUGGACGCCAACGAGAUAAAAGAGCUAACGGAUGCGGUUAACAGCGUGUACGUGAGUGAUGAGGGCAGAAAGAAGAAGAAGAGCAUGUUUAAGAUGUUUAAGUUCAAGUAAUUGCCAUGGUUGUUUGGGAAGCUAUCUGUGAUGAAAAAGGCACUUAUACUUUUCUUCGCUCUUCUCCUGUCAUGGAUUAAAGAUAGCAUUCGGUACUUUUACAAUUAUUACACCCUCUGUCAGCGUUGAAUGAGGUAUCACGAUAAAUCGUUUCUGGUGCCGUGAACACUUUUGCUUUUUUGAUCCAAAAAUAUAAAAAGGCUCUCUU